AUGCUUGGGUUGGGCUUCUAUAACCAAGGCUAUACCCAGCCGAUCUGUGUUCGUCUUGUGGAUCCUGGAAUAUUCACUCAGCAUUCAAAAAGAUACUUUACCGUCCUACCGGGCUGCGAUCCAAGCUGUACAUCUGGAAGAGCGAUACUUCCAGCACGGCAAUACUGGAGCCUGGGGAUGGCCUGCUCUCAUGCGACCACACACAGCCUCGAUGGUCAGGUGAGGUCUUUAGACAUCACCCUGCCCGCGAGAGCGGACCAGUCGGACCAGUCUUUGACCAAGUCGUUCAAGCAGGUGCAGCAUGUGGCAUCUGUGGCAGUGCGCAACAACUUGGAGGAGCUGCGGUUGCAGGACGCCGAUUGGGCGCAGCAUAACAUACAUGUGACGUACUGUUGUAGAAGGACGAACCAGUGGGAAGACCUGCAGUAUGAACGAAUAGCCAGCGCUGAAGCUGUACGAGAGCAUCAGGAGAAAAACGGGACACCGAGAUGGAGUUCCCCGCCGACUCGCAUAGGCCAGACAUGCCGCAUUUGA